CAACAAUGGUUAGUUUUGACUGUGCUUAUUUGUGCUAUAAAAUAUCGAUCCUAAUUGGCAGUUAUUUGGGCUUUUAUAUCUGCCGACCUCCGUUUUUGAACUGUAGUCACUAAAUGUAGGGGUUCUGGCCUGAGAAGGCCCAUGCAUUCCUUCAAUUGGAUGGGGAGCAGGGACAGUGUCACCGGCGAUCUCGAAACUAGGAGGGAAUGUUGACCAGGGAGCACCGCUGCGGCCGAUCAGAGGAGCAGGAACCGGAGCCCGGGCUGAAUCCGAAAAAAGCCGGAUCCGGACGGUGGCUCCGGAACGGCUGUAAGUGGAAGAUGGAGGAGCCGGAGGAACCGGCGGACGGUGGGCAGUCGCUGCCCCCGGUUUACAUUUACAGUCCCGAGUAUGUUAGCAUGUGCGACUCCCUGGCCAAAGUCCCCAAACGGGCCAGUAUGGUACAUUCCUUGAUUGAAGCAUAUGCACUGCAUAAGCAAAUGAGGAUAGUUAAGCCCAAAGUGGCCUCCAUGGAGGAGAUGGCCACUUUCCACACCGAUGCCUAUCUGCAGCAUCUCCAGGAGGUCAGCCAAGAAGGAGAUGAUGAUCAUCCAGACUCCAUAGAAUAUGGACUAGGUUAUGACUGCCCAGCCACUGAAGGAAUAUUUGACUAUGCAGCAGCUGUAGGAGGGGCUACAAUCACAGCUGCCCAGUGCCUGAUUGAUGGAAUGUGCAAAGUAGCGAUCAACUGGUCCGGAGGGUGGCAUCAUGCAAAGAAAGAUGAAGCAUCUGGUUUUUGUUAUCUCAAUGAUGCUGUCCUGGGAAUAUUACGAUUACGACGGAAAUUUGACCGUAUUCUCUAUGUGGAUUUGGAUCUGCACCACGGAGAUGGUGUAGAAGAUGCCUUCAGUUUCACCUCCAAAGUCAUGACGGUGUCCCUGCACAAAUUCUCCCCAGGAUUUUUCCCAGGAACAGGUGAUGUGUCUGAUGUCGGCCUAGGGAAGGGACGGUACUACAGUGUAAAUGUGCCCAUUCAGGAUGGCAUACAGGAUGAGAAGUAUUACCACAUCUGCGAAAGUGUACUAAAGGAGGUGUACAUAGCCUUUAAUCCCAAAGCAGUGGUCUUACAGCUGGGAGCUGAUACAAUAGCUGGGGAUCCCAUGUGCUCCUUUAACAUGACUCCAGUGGGAAUUGGCAAGUGUCUUAAGUACAUCCUUCAGUGGCAAUUGGCAACGCUCAUUUUGGGAGGAGGAGGCUAUAACCUUGCCAACACGGCUCGAUGCUGGACAUACUUGACCGGGGUCAUCCUAGGGAAAACACUAUCCUCUGAGAUCCCAGAUCAUGAGUUUUUCACAGCAUAUGGUCCUGAUUAUGUGCUGGAAAUCACGCCAAGCUGCCGGCCAGACCGCAAUGAGCCCCACCGAGUCCAGCAAAUCCUCAACUACAUCAAAGGGGACACGGGUUCGAGCCCCGGUCUGGGAAGAUCCCACAUGCCACGGAGCAACUGGGCCCGUGAGCCACAAUUACUGAGCCUGCGCGUCUGGAGCCUGUGCUCCGCAACAAGAGAGGCCCGCGCACCGCGAUGAAGAGUGGUCCCCACUCGCCGCAACUGGAGAAAGCCCUCGCACAGAAACGAAGACUCAACACAGUCAUAAAUAAAUAAAUAAAAGAACGUGAAUUUCUAAAAAAAAAAAAAAAAAAGAUACCUCUCAAAAUACUUUAAAAAAAAAAAGUCGUUUUGGCACCCACAUUCCUGUUUAAUUGAAUGUGUGUACGUGUGCAUAUUUUUUUGGAUCCUAAUUAUUUGCAAAGUUAAGAGGCCAAAGGUAUCACAUUGCCUAUCCUGGAGAGUGAAAUUCCCAUGUUUAUUCAUCUAACAACCAAGAUAGCACCAGUUCUCCUAACUUUGACUCCCUCACUGGAAUAGAAUCUAGCAUGAAAGGGAGGCCUAUUCUGCGUCAGAGUUAGUCUGAGGGAACACGUUGUAUCCUGGGGGUCUUUGCCGAGGGUGAUAUUAAGGCCCCGUCCUCUAGUACAGCCAAGUCUGUGACAACAGCUGAGUCCAUACGCAGGGACUCCACAUCCCAGGCUCCUUUGACCAGAGAAAAGUUUCUAAGCUCAAGAGUCAUAGACUUGGGCUUCCCUGGUGGCGCAGUGGUUGAGAGUCUGCCUGCCAAUGCAGGGGACACAGGUUCGAGCCCUGGUCUGGGAAGAUCCCACAUACCGCAGAGCAGCUGGGCCUGUGAGCCACAGUUACUGAGCCUGCGCGUCUGGAGGCUAUGGUCCGCAACAAGUGAGGCCACGAUAGUGAGAGGCCCGCGCACCGCGAUGAAGAGUGGCCCCCACUUGCCGCAACUAGAGGAAGCCCUCGCACAGAAACGAAGACCCAACACAGCCAUAAAUAAAUAAAUUAAAUAAAUUUUUUAAAAAAAGAGUCAUAGACUCAUAAGGUUGUGCUCAUAGCAGUGCUUAUUGCCCCUCUCAGGUGUCCCACAUCCCUCAGCCUUUCCCUGACCCUGUAGUUUCAAGCCACCUCCCUCUGGCCUCUCAAUGGCUACCAGCCUCAGAAGUCCUCACUUCCUAACCAAACCCUCCUCCCUCCUCCAACCUUUUUAAGGACUUUAAAAUCCUUCUUUUCCUGGCCCUUCUUCAGCCCUUCUCACUGCGCUGCAGCCCCGAUUAACACUCGUGCUCCUACCCUAGUUUCCUACUGCUCUUCUCAGAUCCUGGACCAACUUCUCUUACCCCUUUUCCUUCUACCUUGCCAUUUUCCCCUCAUCCAGUCUCUAAAUCCUGGUAAAGCACAGACAAAGCAAUAGAAACAGAGAAACUAAACAAGGCUCUGCAGCUACUUGCUCACACCUAGGUAUGUGCAGAUAUCUGUAUGCCCUCAUGCUUUCCUGCACACAUACCCAGGCACUUAUCUCCAGAGACUGGUGACACCUUGCUACUGAGGAAAUGGAAAUGACAAGUGAGAGAAGACGUAAGGAAGGUAAUUCAAAGGGAAGAGAACUAGGAAAGGUAAGAAACCCAAAAGAGGAAUAAAUUUUGAAAAGACUUGAGAUAAAAGAUUAGUUUGAUAAAUCCACACACAUAUGGUCAACUUAUCUUUGGUAAAGGAGGCAAGCAUAUACAGUGGAGAAAAGACAGCCUCUUCAAUAAGUGGUGCUGGGAAAAUUGGACAGGAACAUGUAAAAGUAUGAGAUUAGAACACUCCCUGACACCAUGCACAAAAAUAAACUCAAAAUGGAUUAAAGACCUAAGUGUAAGGGCAGACACUAUCAAACUCUUAGAGGAAAACAUAGGCAGAACACUCUAUGACAUACAUCACAGCAAGAUUCUUUUUGACCCAGCUCCCAGAGAAAUGGAAAUAAGAACACAAAUAAACAAAUGGGACCUAAUGAAACUUAAAAGCUUUUGCACAGCAAAGGAAACCAUAAACAAGACCAAAAGACAACCCUCAGAAUGGGAGAAAAUAUUUGCAAAUGAAGCAACUGACAAAGGAUUAA